AAGAAGAAGAGAGCUUGCCUGCCCUGCUGCUCGUUGGUGUCCUUGCAGUUAUAUAUCUUGUGUUUUCACCUCUGUGUUCUCCUGUCUGUCUGAAUGUGGUGAUCCAAGACACUUUGAACAAACCGCUUCCUCGAAUCAUCCUGUGUUUGGAAAUUGGGUUUUCAUAUUAAAAGAAGUCAUGUUUCGAAGGAGAAUACCCUUUGCAGAUGUCCUCUUCGCCACACUGGUUGGAGUCGCUGGUGGUAUUUAUAUCUUCAGCCCUGUUUUUGCACCUCAGCUGGAGCCGAAGACCUCAGAACAACAAAACCAGGAUGUGCCACAGACACCAAAAGAAACAGACUUAUAUAUUUCACCCCUUCAAGGAAAUACUUCACAGACAGAAACCAGGAGAUCAACAUGAGAGGCUUCUGGCUGAACCAAAGACCUGCAUGGAUUUAUGCUUCUUUGGGGUCCUUUGUGUGAUUGUUCAUUUACAAAAUAAAACAUUUAAUAAUUUCA